AUGGAACAUCACCCUCUCGACAACUUCAUUUUCACAGUAAAGACUGCGAAUCUCCCAGGGCAUGUUCAUUUACACAUGCUCAGCGAGUUCGUCAGCAUCCCAUUCUCGAUCACAACACGCCAUCCUACCGCUAGAGCGAUCCCGAUCGGUAGUCGGUACAGCUUUAACCAGCUCAGAGAUGCCAUGAAGCCAGAACUAGACCACGCUGGCGAGAGCUUCGAGUUCAUCGUGCCCACCGGAGCUGGAACGGAGAGACGGUUUGAGGUCCACGACCAGGCCUCACUAUCGAGAUUCGUGGGUAUACUUGCGGCAAACAUAAAGGAUGGAAAGCUAAAUAUCGCAUCAUCCUCAUUCGAGGCACGUCUUGUCCUCUUUGACCGACGCCCAGUACUGGAACCAGGCAUCGCUACCCCUGUGGCCCCGAGUCCGGCAGCCAGCGUGACAUUACCGGUUCGCGAAGCCACCCCCCGCAAUCAUCGUCCUCCAGCACCUCAAGAGAUCAUCGUCAUUGAAGACAACGAGGAGGCGGAUGGUAUACUCGGCUAUCUUCGAGGGAAGAACCUAAUCAUGGGAGACAAGGUUCGCGCUCUGGCCUGGACAUUCAACAUCGACAACGCCGACAAGAUGGACAUGGACACAACUUGGAAGGUGCCUGGAAUGAGGUCAGAAGCCACCAUCGCCCAGUGUGCUUUCAUCUACGAGCUCGGUCGCCGGCUUCGUGAAGAUCCGAGCAUGCAGGGCAUCUAUAACGCGGACGGUGUAGGUUGCGGCAAGACCUUCACCACCCUCAUGCUUCUGGUACUAAGACGCAUCGCAAGCCUGACGCGUCAGCACGUGAAGGACUACCCGAAGCAACACUACUCGAAAGACCCCACGAGGAGCCUCCAGGAUGGCAGCCGCUGCGCGUUCACUCUGUUAAUCGGAGUACAAUGCGUAUGCGAACGAAACAGUAUUCUUUCUGUUCUGCUCGACAGACUCCCGGACUCGUACACCGUGGUCACCUGUCCCGUAGCUAUCGCCACGGUGUGGACCAGCCAUUACACCAAGUUCAUCCAGCCUGCGUUCGAUGGAGCGAGCUUCCCCUUUCGCGGAAAGCCUGUGCUGCACGGCUACGUAUGGGUUGAGAAAGCGAGUCUACAACCCCUCGGAACGUCGCCCGCAGCCAGCAUCAGAAGCUUCAUGGUCGAGCCGGUGGUGCCAAGGACGACAAAGUCGAGUCCUUGCCGACUCAGCAACGGUCCAGCAAAGUCUCAGUGGAGUGUCGAUGAGCUUGGAGAAGCGCUGGCCAGUGGGUCAGAUACGGAACCCAUGGCCUUCCGACGUCACGCAUCAUUCACACAGGAACGUCGCAUGAGCCUGAUGAUUGUCGGGCGGGAGCGUCUCAGUUUAUGCGCCUCAGCCAAGGCCACCGACGCUUGGGAUGUGGUGGACGUAUGGGUCAAGACACCUGCCACGCCGGUCAGGGUGGUUCAGGUGGCGAAGUGCUUUCUGCUCGAUUUCUCCACCAUCAUCUGCGAUGAAGCGCAGGAGUACAAAGGUAAAGACAGCAACAUAACCAAGGCAAUGCUCGGAUUCUGGGCAAGGAAGCAGAGGCUGUCGCAACCCGCACCAUUCGCCGUAUUCCUCAGUGCAACGCCCGCGGUCAGGGACCUCAGUGACUUGGAGACCGCGUCCUCCAUCAUCAACUGGGGCCAAGGGAAGCACACGAGUGUCAUGAACGCGCUGCGGCUCGCCGACAGGCAUUCCAGAGACAGGGACUCGUCCGAGUACAGACACGCCAUCGAAUCCGCAUGCAAAGCCGUGGAGAGAUGGAUGAUAUCGAGAGCAGGUUACAGCCCCAUGCUCAACCAGGGAUACAAGAUCUCGCUGUCACACCCAAACCCAGAAACUAUCAUCAAAGCGUUCGCCAUCCCUGAAGAGCUGCGACAGUCUGUACGAGAGAUCGUCGAUGAGGUUCGGGGAGGGAUCUUGGAGAAGACCACAACGGUGGACCCUUCAUCAAUCGAGCAGGUCAUGAAGUCUGUCAACGGAGCUGACUUGAUGUGGAAGGCGGGACCGGUGCCAGGUCUUCAAGCCUGUGUGAAGGAAGACAGGAUGUUCCCGUACAGCAAGGGCCGCGUGGAGGCCGACAUCAAGGCGUACGACGAUGCGGAACGGAGAAGUGACAGCGCCUAUCUCCAGAAGUUGGAUCUCCUCACCAGAAACGACCCUAUGUUCCCCGAGAUGUCAAACAUCGUGCGAGAGGCCUCACGAGGCAAGGUAGCCUACAAGCCCGACCACGAAGUCAGCCGCGAGCCAUUGCACAUCCUCUUGCUCACCCAGCAUCCCUGCAACGCCGCAGCCGCCUACGUUUACCUCAAAGAGAAUUGCGCCGGCGUGGCAGACGUGGAGUGCUUGCUGUCUGAUACCACGCCAACAGCGAGAGCUCUCAGGCAGGCACAGUUACGGUCGUUAUCCGAGGGCCGGAACGUCGACCAAGGUGGGAAGUCAAUCGUCGUCAUCACCACGUUCCGCCUGUGCGGGUUUGGGUUCAAUGACUUUGUCUUCUGCAACAUCAUGAUCCAGCUUGGCGAGCCACAGACGGAGGCCAGUCUGAUCCAAGCCAAAGGCAGGGUUGCCCGUCCCGGGCAAAAGAAGGAGACCUUCCGGUUCUAUCUCAAGAGGGAAGGUAGCGAGUCCGAAGAGCUGCUGAGGAUCAGGAACCAGAGACGUGCCGGUCUCUGUCAUGAAGACGUCCGACACCUGAGGCUUUUCCAGGGACUCGAAUUCCGCUGA